UCCGUCUGUAAGCCUCACUCAUUCUCCUGUCAGUCAGAGUAACACACACACACACACACACUGACACAGACAUACACGCUCACACACACACAUACACACAGUGUGGAAUUACGGAUCCGGAUCUCGCUGUGGACACCAGAACUUUUUUUUUUUGGAGAAAAGUUCUUAUGAGAGUCAGGAAGAGGAGGAACUACAAACCGGCUUCAUCUGAAGGAUCUGUCUUUAGGCCUCGUCAUCCUGUCUAGCAGAGACGCCAGAAUGACCGACGUCAUAAGCCUCGACAACACAAGGCACAAGAAAGACACGACACACCUAGCUAACAAGGAGAACCACAAGACUCAGGAGGAGAAAAUGAAAGGCUUGACGGAGGAAAAAGAGACAAAGAAGACCGGCAGGGCGAAAAAGCGUGAAAGGCCACAGAAGAGCUCGGAGGCCGGCAUCACUGAGGUGGCAAACAUGAAUGACGUCGGAAUCUUGGAGGACGACUUGACGGAGAAGACAGGAGCCAACCUGACAGACGUCGCACUAAAACAAGAGAGACUCCUCACGUCCAAUAAACCAGUGCAGAAGAGCUACGUCCCAAAAACGGGCAAAGGAGACGUAAAGAGCAAGUUUGAGGCCAUGCAGAAGGUCAGGGAGGAGAGGAACCGCAUGAGGAGCGAGGAGGAGCAGAAGAAACGCAAGGAUCAGUACAUCAAAGAGCGAGAGCGGCUCCGCAAAAAGCAAAUGAUAAAAGAGCUACUUGCAUCCAGCGACGAGGAGGAGGAGGAAGUACAACCGGUCAAGGUUGAGAAAUCUUACGUCCCCAAGAUCAUCGGCAGCGUGAAGGGGAAGUUUGCUGAGAUGGAGAAGCAGAGGCAGGAAGACCAGAGGAGGAAGACGGAGGAAGAGAGGAAGAAGCGCAUCACUCAGGAGGCCUUGGAGAAGGCCAAGAUUCAGAAGGAGUUAGCCAAGAAGGCGGAGAAGGAUGGAGACAACAGCGUCUUGGUGCAAGUCGUUCCAGCUAAAACACAGAAGCAACCUGGGAAGAUUAAAAUGAAGUUCGAGGACAUGGAGAAGAGUCGAGAGGAGGAGAUGAAAAGGAGGAACGAGGAGGAAAAGAAGAAGAGAUAUGAUGAGAAUCGGCACUCGUUCAGAGAGGCCAAGCGACGCUCCGUUUCCACAAACCAGGAUGAUGAGGAGACCCAGAGGAAAGAGAAGGAGCGUGUGACUCCAGGAAAGCUGCGUCUGACGUUCGAGGAGCAGGAGAAGGAGAGGCAGGAGCAGCAGAGGAAGCAGGCCGAGGAGGAGGCCAGGAGGAGGCUCCAGGAGGAGAAGAAAGCUUUCGAGGAGGCCAAACUGGACAUGGCUCAGGACGAUGAGGACGUGACCACCGAACAGGGCGAGAAGGAAGAGAUCCGGCCGGGGAAACUGAGGCUCAGCUUCGAGGAGCUAGAACGACAGAGACUGGAGGAUGAACACAAACGUGUCGAGGAAGAAAGGAAGAGACGCAUCCUGGAGGAGAGGAAGGCGUUCGCCGACGCCAGGAAGAGCAUGCAUCUAGACGACGAAGACGACGUCCUGCUGGCUGCCAUGAGCGUCGACGUCGGGGACACGCCAGGUAAACUGGCCAUCAGCUUCGAGGACCUGGAGAGGCAGAGACGUGAGGAAGAGCAGAAGAGGAAGGAGGAAGAGGCCAAGCGUCGCCUGGAGGAGGAGAAGAAGCUGUUCGCGGAGGCUCGAAAGAACAUGAGCUCGUCCCAGGAUCAGGGCGAUGCGGCGGCGCUCGAGGCAGGAGAAGUGCAGGAUGAGGACGACACCCUGGUGAGGACGGCGUCGCAGGAAGCAAUGCAUCCUGGGAAACUGGAGAUCAAUUUCGAGGAGAUGAUGAAGAUGAAAGAGGAGGAGGAGCGGAAAAAUAAGGAGGAAGCACGGCGUAAGAAGAUGGAGAUGGAGAAGAAGGAGUUCGAGCAACUGCGUCAGGAGAUGGGCGAGGAGGAGAUCAACGAGACGACGGAGGUGGUGAGCUCUGAGUAUGAGGAGCUGACAAAACUGAAGAGAACCGGCUCCAUCCAGGCCAAGAACCUGAAAGUGAAGUUUGAGAAGAUCAAGCAGCUCACGGAGGAGGAGAUCCAGAGGAAGAUCGAAGAGGAGAGAGCGAGGAGGAAAGCCAUCGAUGAGGAGAUCAAAGAGAGGGAAGCGGAGCGCUGCGUGGAGGACGAGGACGAGGACUUGAAGGGCGCUGUGAAGGUGGAGGACGCGCCGUUCAGGCAGAAAGUGGACAUGCGCGCACGGUUCGAGCAGAUGGCCAAAGCGCGUGAGGAGGAGGAGAAGAGGAGGAUCGAAGAGCAGAAGCUCCAGAGGAUGCAGUUCGAGCAGCAGGAAAUCGACGCUGCUCUCCAAAAAAAAAGGGAGGAUGAAGAUGAAGAGGAAGGCAGCGUUGUGAACGGCUCGGCAGCCUACGACGAGGAGGACGAUCACGGCCAGUCGGGCGCUCCGUGGUUCAAAAAGCCCCUGAAGAACCAGACGGUGGUGGACUCUGAGCCUGUGCGCUUCACGGUUAAGAUCACGGGCGAGCCCAAGCCUGAGGUGACGUGGUGGUUCGAGGGUGAGCUGCUGCAGGACUGCGAGGACUAUCAGUACAUCGAGCGCGGCGAGACCUACUGCCUCUACCUGCCCGAGACCUUCCCUGAGGACGAGGGCGAGUACAUGUGCAAGGCUGUGAACAGCCGCGGCACUGCCGCCAGCACGUGUAUCCUCACUAUCGAAACUGAGGACUACUGACAUGCCCCAUCGCUCUCUCUCUCCAGAACUUUCCCUGUAUUUUUCAUGUCUUUAUUCUUUUUUAAAAAUGUUCAUAUCUCAUGGUAGGGCCAAACAUUCUUCUUCAGAGGAGGAAAGCAGCCUGUGUAUGCGUGUGUGUGUGUUUUUUUUUCACCAUUCCUCCAAAGAAUCUGCUCAAAGUUGAAGUGAAAGAUGUGUAGUUUACAUGCGAAAGCUGGCCUCGCUGUCAGAAGGAAGAUUUUCAGUGAAUUUGUGCCAAAAACAGACACACAGUUUCCAUGAGUUGUUAAUACGUACAGUACACUUCAAUUUGAAAAGAUUUAUGGCUUGAAUAACACAACAGGGUCAACUGCUGUUUCUACUUUACGGAGGAAUGAAAGAAGUCGACUGUUUAAGAGAAUCGUUCUCUCAGAAAUCAAAAUAAUCUUGAAAAAGACAAAAUCUGAAAAACUAUAAAACUUGUCAUGUUACCGAAAAACAGCAACGCGUAAACAGCUUUACCUCUGACUGUUACAAAGCACUGACACUGGAGACUCCUUCCAUAAAUGUUACAUAAACAUCACCUUACAGAAAACUUCACCACAUCAACGAUUUUUUGCAGAGUAAAAACCCCUGUGAAUGAGCUGUUACUAUAGAAACGAUAACGUAUCAGAACGAGCGCGUUAAUAUAAACCUGCACUACUGUCAGAGCUGCUGUUCCAGAGAAUUAAUCAACAGCCAUACGAGUCAUUAGCUGACUGAUUUCUGAGUGAUCUGUUCCUUUAUCAAUUGUUUAUUUUUCUUAAACGAUGCCGCAGCAGCAGAUUUCCUCCUCUCUGUGGUUUAAAGUUGCUCAUUUGAUGAAUUGUUCACAUUUUCAUGAGGCCAUGUGUUUUUAUGUUGAAUUAAAGACUAUCGUGAUUACGCAUAAACACUCUGCUGAGGUUUGCAUACAGUGAGUUUAGGAUAGAAAUAUUUAAAAAGAUAUUUGUGAUAUUUAACCUUUUAAUAAAAUGAAUAAAAACUAAA